GAAACCAGUUCACAGUUAGCGGGGAGAGCGACGCUGGGAGAGCCUCUAUGUGUCCGAAAAGAGACUUUUUAUGGUGCUGAAAGUCCAGAAAACAAGAAAAGAGAGGGAGCCCCUUAGAACCGAACAAGCGGAGCAGGGCACAUGGAAACAUUAUGCGUCUGGACAGACGGCGGUGGACUUUCCCAUAGUUUUAGUCGCGCAAAGAGGCAAAGUGAGGCGAGAUAAACAUGCUCUCUCCGAUGCUGGCCUCAUUUCUGCCUCUUCUCCUUCUCUGUCGGAUUUCUUUCUGUCAGUAUUCAAGCGACCAGUGCAGCUGGAGGGGCAGCGGGUUAACCCAUGAAGGCCACACCAGGGAUGUGGAGCAGGUGUACUUGCGCUGCUCGCAAGGCUCUCUGGAAUGGCUCUACCCCACCGGAGCCAUCAUUGUCAACCUGCGGCCCAACACCAUGUCGCCCGCCGCUGCCCGCCUCUCUGUCUGCAUCAAACCCUCCAAGGACUCCAGCGGGACAAACAUCUACCUGGAUCGCAAUGGGAAGCUGCGGCUGCUUCUGCGAGAGGAGGAGCAGGCUGAGGGGAAGGUGCACUGCUUUAGCAUCCAGGAGGGGGCGCUCUUCAUUGAGGCUAUUCCGCGUACGGACAUCAGCCGGCGGAUUACGGCAUUUCAGUACGAGCUGGUCAGCGACAGGCUGAGAGAGGAGGCUCAGUCACCUGCUGCACCCUGUCGACCCUGCACUGAUGCGGAGAUGCUCCUAGCCGUCUGCACUAAUGACUUUGUGGCACGAGGCAUCAUUAAAGACGUGGGCCUGGAGGAGGAGCACUCCCAGGUGUCUGUGGAGAUCAGUCGACUCUACAGACAGAAGACCCGUGUCUUUUUGUCAGGGGGUGUGAGGGUACGAAGCUGGACAGGCAACAUUAAAAUGCCGAUGCAGUGUAGGGUGAAGCCUGGAGACGGAGAGUUUCUUUUCACCGGGACAGUGAGGUUUGGGGAGGCCUGGAUGGGCUGUGCUCCUCGCUACAAAGACUUCCUGCGGUUGUAUCGCGAGGCAGAACUCCAAGGGACGAACCCAUGCCAUGUGGACACUGACUGAAUGACUCAUUAGCUGCCCACAUUUGGAAACAGACAUUUUGUCAAUUGUUUAGGAUGGCUAUACUGAAAUUUCUAGCCAAGAAAAAAAAAAAAAAGACUGAUAUUCUAUUCCAGUGUUCUCUUGGCUGUUCUGUGACUCUUGGAGUACGGAAAUGAAAAAUGUUGUAAAGCAGCAAAUGAUGGGAGCUGAACGUGAUCAAACUGUGUUCAAGUUGUCUUCUCAAAUUUGAGGAGCUGGAGUGUUUUUUUUCUUAAAUGUAGCAAAAUUCCCCAUUGUUUUUUUUUGUAUGUAUAAAAUGUGAAAUAAUGUACAUUUUGAAACGAUGUGCUUUGUAAAGGAAAAAAAGAAAGUUUGUACAGAUAUGCUUUUAAUUUCUUUAGGAAAAAUGUGUAAAUUCAAAGACUCUUAUUUUGUUUAAAAAAAUACUUGCAAUUUCAU